UGUUGAUUGAGAGUCAGUUAAGUUUCUUAAAGGCUAAGAAUGAUAUAUAGCAGUAGCUAUAAAUAGAACAGUUUACUCCAUUAAGUCAUAAACUCAAUACAGAACAUUUUACUCCAUCUUUUAAUUCUCUCUCAUCUCUCUACAAUCUCGGUUUCCCUCUAGAUUUUUCACCAUUGUUUUGACUUGCUAUAAUUCAGAAACGGAAGGACAAAGGCAAAUGGAAUCGAGUUAGUUUUAAACGGUGAAAGCUCCCUAGCAAUGGUGAUUAUGUUUCUGAAUGGAACAAGUUGAUGGCUAGUCAAAAUGAAUUCAUUCAUGGAGUUUUAACUGAUGAGAAGAUUCUUCUUCAUAAAUAAAAAAAAAAAAAAAAACUGAUGAGAAGAAACCUUCUGUCAUAGAUAUCGAAGGCAUCGGGGAAGUGGAAGUCGGUGUUCUGAGGAUGUACCCGCAUCUGUUAGCUGAAGCCUAUGAACUUAAAAUGAGAAUGAUUGCCUAUUGGAAGGUUGUCUUGAGGAGGCUUGUCGUUCAGGCAGGACUAGACGCAGUACCUCUCAAAUGUGCACCCAUUGUGUCGUCCUACAAUGACAAGAUCCGCCCUCUUCUGGAUGCGGUAGAUAAGUUACGCAGCUUGAUGUUAAUGGAUGAAGGCAUUCAGCUGCUAACGAUUGUGGUGGUCGGAGACCAGUCAUCGGAGAAGUCUAGCGUGCUCGAAUCCUUGGCUGGCAUCAGCCUCCCUCGGGGCUAAGGCAUCUGCAUGAAAGUGCCUCUUAUUAUGAGGCUGGAACACCACUAGAGUCCUCAGCCUGAACUUUCCUUGGAGUACAAUGGCAGAUUUGGGUCUGCCCUUGAUCAUACUGAUGAAGACAAGAUCGCCAAAGAUAUUGUGAAAGCUACUAAUUCUAUUGCGGGGGAAGGUAAGGGAAUUUCGAACACGCCACUUACCUUGUUGGUGAAGAAGAAUGGGGUUCCGGAUCUGACUAUGGUUGAUCUUCCGGGAAUCACAGGGGUUCCGGUCCAUGGCUAACCUGAAAAUAUUUAUGAUCAGAUCAAAGAUAUGGUCAUGGAGUAUUUUAAGCCGGAAGAAAGUAUUAUUUUGAAUGUAUUGUCUGCUACAGUGGAUUUUACUACGUGUGAGUCAAUCCGGAUGUCACAAAGUGUAGAUAAAACUGGUGAGAGGACUCUCGCUGUGGUUACGAAAGUGGACAAGGCACCGGAAGGACUACUUGAAAAGGUCACUGGAGAUGAUGUAAACAUUGGUCUUGGUUAUGUCUGUGUAAGGAACAGGAUCGGUGACGAAACUUACGAAGAGGCAGGGGCGAUGGCUCAUGAACUGUUUCAAACCCAUCCCCUGCUUUCGAAGAUUGACAAGUCCAUUGUCGGUAUUCCAGUUUUAGCACAGAAGCUGGUCCAAAUUCAUAAGAAAAGCAUAAAAAAGCUGAGGGAUGCGAAGGAGGUGGUGGCCAAGACUAUGCACAGCAUUAUCACUCAUGGUGAUUGAUAAAGUCACUCUGUCGACAAAUCCGUACUUGAAGGGCGUGGUAAAUUAUUCCAACAAUAUUUGCAUUUGAUUGAUAAAGUCAUUCUAAAUGAUGAGGCAAGUAAACUCUUUUGUGAGGCGAUGGAUGCUGUGAAUGAGAAGAUUAGGCCAUUGGUUGGUGGUACCAAUGAAAAUAUGGAACCUCCUGCAACCAAAGGAGAUAUGGAAUGUCAUGCAAAAAGAAAAUCGAUAGUAGAUGAUGUUGGUUUUCUUGAACCUGAUCCUGUUAAGACCAAAGGAUCUGGAAAGAGACUUAAAAAGGGAAAAGAGAAAGGAAAAUGCAAGAAGAGGGUUAAUGGUAACCUUCGUCAUGGGUGUGGGCAAUAUGGAGUUAAUCAUGACAAAAGAAAUUGUCUGAAACUCCAGAAUCGGUAAGAAUACAUAUUCCGCGUGUUUUUCUAUGUAUAUCGUGCAAUUAAUAUAUCAAUAGUUGAAAUGCGUUUGUUGUCUUUGAUGUAUAAUAGCAUAUUAUUGUUAAUCAGCAUUUUUAUGAUUUCUAUUUUGGUUAAUUGCUGGAUGAGCAACACUCAUUGUCCA